GUAGUGGAGAUCGUUCCUCUGGAGCUGAAACCAGAUUCACUAUAGAGCGGGUUGUGCACACAGGACGCUACAGCACCAUGGAUCUGGAUGGUUAUUGCUGGCAGAGAAGACUGAGUAUACGAUGAUAUUACUUUUCCCACUUAAUGUUAUUUAAAGAAAAUGAUCAUGGCUUCAUCACAUUGGACUUGUAUUCAAAUCCUCGUGCUGGCUUCUUUGCACCUUAGCUCUCAGGAUGGGAAAGCAACCAAAGAUCCAAACUUACAGCAUGCUAUUCCCUCAAGAGGAUUUGAAUCAAUAACGGAGUAUUCAUCAACACUGGCAUCUGUGUGGCUUCAAAAUAAUGAGGAGUCCUCUUUUAUUCCAAGCCAAAAAGAUGAGCAGGAACCAUUUGGCCCAACUCAUCAUUCACCAAUGUUAGUUUCAGAACACCCACAAACUGAAAUGUUCUUACAAGCCAACACUAAAGCAGAAGACGUUUCUGAUCUGUCAUCUACUCCAGUCCAUCAAGCAACCAACAAAUAUUUAAUGGAAAUGGCCACAAAUGAACAUUCAACUUUGCCUAUUUCUCAGUCAUCACCAUCUGAAUGGUCUGAAGAACCUUCUCAGCUGUCAACUUUAUUUUCUUCUGCUGUAGACAUUACUUUGACUUCUGUCCAGGAGACCACACUGAACUGGGAUACAACUUCACCAUACUCGGUGCUGUUAAAGAUCAAUGACCUUACUGAUCCAAGUGUUACCCCUAGGAGUUUUUCACUAAUGGACUUUAUUUCCUUUACUCCGUCACUAAAAUCUAUCUGGCCUUCACCAGGAUCGGCUUCCCAGCAACCUGAGGUGAAGCCUAGUGAGUACUCCUUUCUAACACUGCCCUCUAACAGAAAGGACAUAGAUGCAAAGUUAGCCACUGAUGAAGAUGCAUUCAGUAUGACACCGAUAAUUCCUGGAGAGAUUCUAGAAGCUUCUACAGAUGUAGAUGACAAUAUAACAGAACAGAUGAAUGAGGAAACGUCUGUCUCCUUGACAUAUGUUGUGACAUCAGAUGCUGUUCUUGUUCCACUUGGCUCCACUUUAGCAGUCGAUCCUCCUGAAUUCUGGGAUUGUGAUUCUAAUCCUGAAAAUUGUAACUUCACAGCUACACUGAGCUCUACUCCAUAUGAAGUAGAUCCUACUGUCAAUGGACGCUCUUCUAUCCUAUCUUCUCCACCAAUCUUCAUUACCCUACACUCUGACUGGAAUACAUCAGUGGCUGAUUGGGGAGUUGCUUGGGAAGCCCUUGUAUAUGGCUCUGUAGGUCUUUUUGGGACAGUGGCUUUACUUGCCCUUCUCUCAUUCUUCUGCCUUGUGUUCCGAUGUCCAUCAGGGAGCUUUUACUUUGCAAUCUUACACCUACUUUUAAUCGCUAUUAGUAGCAGUAGAGCUUUUGCUCUGUUUUAUGAUGCAUAUGGCCAUCAAGACAGACUCCCAGUUUUCACAGCCUUGCUCCUUCAUGACCUGGCCUUUCCAUGCAUGACCUCAAGCUUUGGUAUUGCUUUCCUGUUGCUUUCCUCAAGAUGUCGUUUACAGCAUUCCACCCCCAGAUUUCCUAGACUCUGUAUUCUAAGUGCUGUAGUAUUCCUUCACUUCAUGGUUGCUGUCGGUGCUGUGGUAAUUGUGGAUCUAUUGCAACAGUUUCUAUUUCUACUACUUGUUUCUCGAGGAGUAUAUGUAGUCCUUACUGUUCUACUUUCACUCUCAUUUUUUAUUUUUUAUUGCGUAGUGAAAAACCAAAACACCCAAAUUUAUGACCUCAAGAGCUCUACUCCUCCAACUGAAUAUACCAACGGAUGUCCAUUUGCAGACUCAAAAGAUUGGAACAGGGUGGUUUGCACUGUUUUGGUGUCUGCCUUUUUCGGCCUUUUGAACGCUGGUCUACAAUUAUAUGCAAUGCUCUAUGCAUUGGGUUAUGGAGGAUCUAUUGUUUUUGGUCCUUGGCCUUGGUGGGCUUUCCAGUUGAGUUCUAGUGUUUGCGAAGUGGGCGUGUGCCUUCCCCUUGCUGUAGUAGGUGCUUACCCACUCUUCUGUGCCAACAACAUAGGAAGAACAAACUGCUGGACAAAGCUAUUCCAUCUUUCUCCCAGUCACGUUACAAUGAAGGCACCCAUUUUGGCCUCCAACUCCCAGUGGGCAUCCUCACAGCAUGAAAAGUUGAUCUGUGACACCAUUGUCAGAAGUGACUCUGAGUUCUUCCCACUGUACACACUGGUAGAGAAGCGAAUGAGCGUUGGGGAGGAACUGAGCUUGAUAUACCACAGCAGUAAAAGCCUUGAGGUGCCAGGUCUGAACCUCUACAAUGGUUCAAAGACACCUUCAUUCAUUAGUGUUCAGAUGGACAGUGACUCCACGGUCGAUUUCCGGCCCCCAUCUCCAAUAAACUUGCGCCGCAGCAUUGAUGAAGCAUUAUUCAGUGAGUCACUGAUACCCCAAAGCCUUUUCCAUGGUACUACUUUAUCAAGCAGUUUAUCCCUCACGGUCAGGAGUGCAACACAGCUGGAAGACUGCGUAUUCAAAGAGAAGGCAGCGGACAGGGGGCUUUACAGGACUUCUUCUUGCAUGGAAAUAGAAGCAGGUCUGCCAAUAAUAGAGCCUGCCAUCACCAGCACAAUCAAGCAAGAUACUGCAGGAACCUCUUACCUAGGGACAUGGAAGGGAGAGGAGAGCACCACAAGUUCUCUGUGUAAGAUGUCUCUCGAUGGGUCAUCCCUGGUGCUGUGUUCCAGCCCUGAGCAUGCAGGCACAUUCACUUACAGUUCCGAAAAGAAGCAUGAAUCUAAUCGUCAAUCUCAGGGAGUAUAUCAUACCCUGUCUCCUCCAUCCCAGGAGUCCUUGGAUGUUACAACCAAUACGGAAAACAGCUUAAGAGAGAAUUUAAUAGAUGUUUUUGGACCCAUAGAUUCUCUGAGUGUUGGAAGUGAUACCAUUGACCUUUGAAUGCGACUAACGUUUUGGGAAGAGGACCUAAUGGGACUUAAUGGCUGCAGGGCAUGCUAGUUUGCAGAGCUUUCUGUAAAAGCAAACCAAGCAGAUAUGUAUAUAAUACAUAUUUUUAGGCAGAAGUUGUAUUUAUUUAUCACCAAGAAGUUCUAUUGAUGUACUGGUAAAAAUAUUAUUAUAAAUGUCAAGUAAUUUUUAUUCAUAGUUUUGUUAUUGGUUACCAUAUAUUUCCUAAACUGUGCCAUUGCUUCAACAUAGUACUUUAUAAUGUUUCCAAAUUAUAUUUUAUUAAGAUAAAACUUCUAGUGAUCCUGUGCUGCCCAAAUAUUGAGGAAAUGCUGUAUAUAAAUCAGAUAGCUGGGAGGGUGAAUCAUUUUACAUCAGUGAUAUAAAACAAUAUAAUAUAUUUUUAAGUAGAUUGAUCAUUAAAAAAACUCAUAAUGUUACUAACUGAGCUACAACCCAUCUCUACAGCAACGUUCUAUUAUUCCAUAUAAAUACACCUAUAACAAUUUGUUGGUUACAAACACUAUACACAUUAUAGUACAAGGUUAGGCUACUUUUAAUUAUGCUGGAUGUUUAUUCUGUAUUAUUUCUUUGAAUAACCAUUUUGUUCUAUUAAUCCAUCUCUUAUUCUCCUUCACCCCCAACCAGCGGUUUCCUUAUUUUUUUAACAUUUCUAGAAUAGAUAGUGUUUUUAAAAACAGAUAGUGUUCAGGUCCAGCCAUCUUCACACUACUUUUUCUCAAUUAUAACCCAUUGUUCUUAUUGUACCAAAGUAUAUUUUAUGCUACU